AUGGGUCCAGUGAUCUGUCCAUGCGCAGAACGUUUCGCUAACAAGUACCAACCAUUUAAGAGAAACAUUGCUAAUCAUUGGAUAAGUUCGCAACCCACUGCUAAUCUCUUGUCGUCAAUACAAGAUAACCAACCGGGAAAAGGUUACGGUGAUGUAAAUGAGGAAAAAGGAAACGGAGGACACUUAAAACCUUUCAAACUUCGAGAUAAGCCAAGUUGGACAAACUGUGUUCAUAGAAAAAGACGGAGAGAGAAAUCAAGCAAUGUUAGGAGCAGUCUUGCACGAGACCCAAUGCGAGAACAACAAGCAACGCCGACUGCCACAUCCAGCACCAUCCGCAAUACCCAUCCUGAUCCAACAAUAAUAUCGCUCCACCGCACGACCAGAGAGUACGGAAGAUAG